GGGCGGCAGCUUGCUCGAAGAGCCCAUCUCUGCUGCUGCCGUGACCUUCAUCUGGAAGGCAACGGGUAACCAUGUGCAUGCUUGAUAGGUCUGGCUGAGCCCAGCACCUACAAAGCCUUCGCUGGAAAAGGAAGGGACUUCCCCGAGGCAGUCUGCAUGUGGAAACGACCUCCUCCUGCACAGAAAAUGGGCCAGAAGGUCUCACACGAGGACAACCAAGAGAACAAGGCUGAAACUCUGGUCAUCUGCGAAGUCUUCAGCCAAGGUGUGGUCCAUGCAUCUCAAAGGCUGAAGGACUAUCUUGGGGUUGUGGAUCCUCAGAGCAAAUUCCAGCCAGCCACAAACACACUGAGCGAGAUCUUUUUGGUCAACUUCAUCAGCUUCUGCGUGGAAAAGGGAGUGGAGGAACGUAUCGUGACCAGCAAAAUGACCAAGCGGCAGUCCUCCCUGUUCGGGGUGGACUGGGUUUGGACUCCGUCUGGAGCUGACAAGCAAAUCAAACUUCAGAUCGCUGUGCAGGCUUUACAGCUGGCUGAGCUUCCCUGCAGCGACGGCGGCCCCGCUGAGGCGGUGGAGGGCUGCUGCCGGGAAGCCGUGCUGGCAGAUGAGUGCUUCCAAAACGGGAGCAGGUUUGAGGAGCUGGCGGAGUUCUGCCACUUGGUGGGACGGGACUGCCUGGGCUUGUUCAUCAUGUUCGGUGUGCCAGGGAAGCCCAAGGCCAUCCGAGGAGUCAUGCUAGACAGCAUUGCCAAGGAGGAGCAAAAAUGCUGCCUGUUGGGCAGGGAUGCGCUACGGCAAUUUGUCACCAGUACUGACAGCUUCCUGCCCACAAAAGACAUGCUGGAAAACUGCCUCGGUGCAAAAAAUGGACCGAAAGAGGUGGGCAAUGUGUACAUAAACCUUCUGUAAACCACUGGUUAACGGCAGUGGCUCUCUGCAUGCCAGCACCAGAGGCUGCGUGGGGCUCAGCUCUGCCUCCCUCGCUUUUCUGGCAUGCCGUUCCCUCCACCCCCUUAUUUCCCACCUUCCCCUCCACCCAUCACAUUCCCUUAGCUCCUGCAGAAGGCGGGCUGAGUCAGUCUUUCCAGGUUUUAAAACAACAGAAUGUACCUGCCAGAAAAAUGUGUUUAUAGAAGGUAUGUCAUUUUUCCAGAACGUUUUGUUCGCCAGACAUUAAGUCGUGGCCAGAGCUGAUGAAAGCUUUGUCACCCUGAGCCUUUAGGAGGCCAUGGUAGAUUUGACUCACAGCCUUUGUUUACUGUGUGGCAGAUUUUUUUUUUCUGCAGUAGGAGGUUGAGUCUGUAAUAAAAUAUACUGGUGCUGGUCAGAAGAUUUGCACUGAGCGUGAAGGACAGUACUAGGGCUUAAAAAUGCUGGUUUGGAGGAGUGAGCUGGUUCCCAACUAAGAGGAAAAGCACUUCCCCGUGAUAGAAAUGGGCUAUAUGAGAAACCUAUUAAUUACCUGCCCCUUAAAAGUAGAUCAGUGCCAGGCUACGGAGGACCUUGGAGCUGUGCCCAAAAUGCAGGGGUAGGGUUGGUCCCAGCUGCAAAGCCUGUUCUUGCUGAGUGGCUGUCUCAGGUCAUUGUGUGGCAAAAGGCAGUGGCAGUUGUUAAAGAAAACUUGGGGGGAAAAUCAACCAGGGAGACAAAAACCUGGCCCUGGAGAUGCUGGUGGGUUUGUGCUUUUCAUGGCAGCAGGGGCAGCUCCUGACCACUGGUGGCAGAGAGCAAAAGUCUGGAGGAGGCAGAAUUAUUUCGUUUUGAAUUUGUUUUCAGUAGCUUAGCAGCUGAUUGUGUUUAUGGACUAAUUUAUUCCAUUUCCCCCAGCUUUUAGUGGACAAAGUGAGACUUUUGGGUUGCACAAUUGUGAUUACUUGCUUUCAGCCACUGUUAACCAGUGAAAGAAGACCUGAUCAGUUUUCAAACUGGUAAACUCACUUUUUGUUCAUAGCUAUCCGAAUAGUUUUGUCAGUGCAAACCUCCUCUACCUGUAGUUUUCUUGUAAUUUUAUUCAUCUUAUUUAACAGAAUAAAAAUAAUUUCAAAAGCUCAUGCAUAUUUUACUAUUUACUAUUUAUUUGAGUUAUAAGAUGGGGCAGCUGCAACAGCUGAGAAAUAAAGGCUGUUCUUUACACAGCCAUUAAAAAAGGGCAUAAAGAAGCUGCAGCAUCAGUGCCAGAAUUGUUCGCAGCUUUUCCAUGGCGUAGGCACAGAGGCUGAAAGGUGAACUGAAAUAAAAACAUACAGAGAACUGUGACAUUUUUGCCGAAUCACAAAUAUGUAGAUGGGUAUGGAGAAGGGAGGCCUUUUAGUUUUGAAAUAGUUCAUUGAGAUACAGUUGUUUUUAAAGAGCUAGUGUCAUUGUAUUUUUUGUGUGUAGCAGGGGUUUGAGGGGAUAGUUCUGGUGUUUUACAUAGAAAACACGCAUAGCUAUGGCGAUAUGUGCAGAGCAUGAGGACUCCUCUACACCUGUUCAGGAAGGUUGGGGGUUUUUUUGCCUGUUUAAAGUUACAGCAUAACCAAUACUGCAGCAGGAUUGAUUGGUUUAUAAAAGAUCAGCACAAAAGCUUUAAUUUUGCAUUAAAUUGGUAUCUUAUAACUAGUGCGUGUCUCUUAAGCUAUUCAGUUCUGCAGGAAUGCUGUCUCUGAAAACUGGUUGGGCUUUCUCCUUUGGAUGUUAUGCAUGCUUUUUCAGUGUUGGAAAGGGGAAAAUCAAAAUGUCUUGACUAUAUGGAGUUGGAACUAUGGAAGUUACACAUUGGGGCAGUUGCCAAUUUGAUUUGUGUUCUCCAAAGUGGCUCUGGUACCUCAGAGAUGUCAGGCAGGCUUGGUGUUUAUUCUGGGAGCCAGGGUAUAUCGCCCAGGCUGCGCUGCACUCUGCCUGGUUGCCUUGUGGGUUUUAGCUCAGGAGCCUGGGCCCUCAGCAACGGUGGGAACUGGCCAAGGCUUUGUGCUAGGGCUAAUAAUGGUGCAGAUGCACAACAAAGUAUUUAACAAUGUAAAUUUGACCAUGUUCAUUUAUUCAGCCAAGCUGGAGUCUCAGCUCAGGUGACUCACAGCCAUACCACAAGCUUCUGUAACACCAAAUACUGAUUUACCAGGUAAGGUGCUGACCGCAGACAGUUUAAUCCCAUGGUAAUUAAGGUUAGUAAAAGCAAAGUGAACGGGUUGGGUUGGGUUGGUUGUUUGGGUUUUUUUUGCUUUGGACACCAUUUGCUAAUGUAUACGUUAUUACAAUUUGUACAGUUUAUAGUGUAGUUGAGCUCGAGAGCUCACGGAAGCGUAGCUCAGUGAAGAAAGGCUCUCAGAAGAGGAAACAUGCAGCACUGCUGCUGUUGGCUGGUUUGCUUAGCCAGGUAGGUCUUCCUAGCAAGAAAAAAAAAGCACAACACCUUACCCCACCCUUUUUAAAGAAACUUUAAUGUAAGAAGCAUUAGUUUAUCACAGGAUACAG